AUGUUCCGAAUCUACCGUGUUCCUUCUUCUAUGAGUAUUCCAAUGAUUUCUUCAGCAAGAAUGGCUGAUCACGCAGCAUUGGAAGAUAUUACAAACUGCCCAAUUCAUAACAUUGACGAGGACAACAACGUCUUCUCGACGACUACUACUCGUCCGUCUCGUACAGAGCAUCGGUUGAGAAUGUUGGCAAAAGUGAGUUUAGUGUUUCAGACUUCUUUGAAUAUCUCAUCUGAAUCUUUGGGCUAUUGUUCAGGCAGUGAUUCUAACUACCGUAAAACCUUUAGACUCUUAUGUUCCAUGAAAAACCUCCAGAUCCCAUAUUUCCAUAGUUCUCCUUAUUUUCAAGAAAUAAUUUCAGCUGCAAUGCGUCCAUUCGGAACAGCAAGAUUAACUCCUGGAAGGCAGACUGGACGACAACAACAGACACAACCACAGCAAAUUAGUACUCCCGAACCAAUGAUUGGUAAGUUAGGAGAGAAGAAUCAGAGUGUAAAUUGGUUUUUCAGCAAUUGCCCUAUCGGAUAUGGAGUACCUGAUGAGAUCGGCCAGGUCGAGCAGGAGUUCUGGAAGAUCCGAACGUCAACCAGGAUGCACAUGUUGCUGUCAUAUCGCCGCAGGGGUUACUGUAAUUCCCCGUGUCGCUCGUUUCUCGAUCGGAUAGCUGUGAAAAUCACUUGCAGUGAUAACAACAUGUAUCGAGUCACUCCGGUUUAUGCAACCGUUGAGCCGGGACAGAGUCUUCCACUUCACAUCGCACGAAUCACCAGUGACCUAAUCAAACGUGACCGUCUCUGUGUCAACAUUCUUGAAGCGGAUGGCAACAAAGAAGCGAGAGAGAUCUUCAAAAAGAAUGCGAAUACACGUGCACCAGCUUCCAUAAACAUGGCACUUGAAGCGACGAACGACGUAUGA